UGCCACUUCUGCCAGAGUGCCAUCGCCUGCCGCCAAAGCUACUGCUGCUGCUCCUUCCUCUGCUCCCAGCCACCUGGUACCGGCUGUCAGAGAGGUGUCAUGGGGUUCUGGAAGUUCCCCCCGUUCUUGGUCCUCAGCAUCCUGGUCUUGUACCAGGCGGGCAUGUUUCAUGCAGCACCAUUCAGGUCUGUCUUUGAUGGGCGUUUUGAUCCUGCUACCCUGGAUGAGGAGGAAUCGCGCCUCCUACUGGCUGCGAUGGUGAAUGACUACGAGCAGAUGAGGGCCCGGGAGUCAGAGAAGGCUCAGAAGACCGAGGGCUCCCGCAUCCAGAAGAGAGCCUGCAAUACUGCCACCUGCAUGACCCAUCGCUUGGCAGGCUGGCUGAGCAGGUCUGGGAGUAUGGUGAGGAGCAACUUGCUGCCGACCAAGAUGGGUUUCAAGAUCUUCAGUGGGCCCCGCAAGAACUUCUGGUUUUAAGCCGUGAAAUGAUUAUUGGAAUAAGGUCCCCAGGAAGCUGAACUCUACUUUUAGUUUGCAAUGAAGGCAUCUUACAAAAAAAGAAAAUAGCAUGGAAGAUACCCAUGUAUGCAUGCUUCUCGAUAUUGAAAACAUUCUUCUUUUCCUUGAAAUAAAGUAAAUGCAGAAUAAAA